GAAAACUUUUACGUGUAUAUAUAAAGCGAAAUGUAAAAUCUAGAUUAUAUUCAUAGUGUAGUGUACAUAUAUUUUAUAUACCGGUGAAACAAUGUUGUAUCAAUCUAACUCAAAUUACGUGAAUUUAACACAAUUGAUGGAUAGACAAUUCAAUGACAUAAGCAGACGUCAAGUAGAAUUCGAGAAUGAUUACAUUCAAUAUACAGCACAUGUCGCGUCAAUAUUAGCUCUCGGUUAUCUCCUCCUGGCGGCUGUUGUCUAUGUUUGGCGCACUUAUUAUGAAAUGCAAGCAGACGUUUCCUCCAGUAAACCAUUACCACCAGGAACUAUGGGAUAUCCGAUUGUUGGCGAAACAAUUGAUUUUGCCUUGAAGGGAUGUGCAUUCUACACAGAAAAAUUAGCCAAUUUUGGGAAAAUAUAUAAAACUCAUAUUAUGGGAAGACCAACCAUCAGAUUGGUUGGAGCAGACAACAUUAAGAAAGUUUUAACAGGAGAAAACCAUAUUGUACAGGGUAUGUGGCCAGCAAGUGUUCGGUCCCUUCUUGGAAAGGGUUCCCUGUCAUCUCAAACCGGUGAAAGUUUAAAACAAAAGAAAAUGGUUUUAUUGAAAGCCAUGGGAUCAGAGAAUUUAACAUACUUAGUUCCAGAAUUGCAGAAAGUCAUCGUCAAGUGUAUAAAUUCCUGGUGCCAACAGAAAGACGUGCUGGGUUAUUUAAAAUGUCGUGAUAUGACGUAUAAAAUGGCAGCCAAGACUAUUUUCGGCAUCGACAUAGAUGAAGGACAGUGUAAAGAUAUGGUGACGGAUUUUAAAAUUCUUAUAGAUAAUUUGUUCUGUUUACCUGUAAAAUGCCCUGGUUUAGCAUUUCAAAAGGCAACAAAAGCAAGAGUCAAGUUAAUAGCGGGUAUUAAAAAAUUACUAGCUCAGUCCGUUGAUAGAAUUUCCGGUGAGGAAACGUGUGUUUUAGAUAUGUUGAAGAAUUUACCGGAGACGGCGUUGAUGCCGGAAGAUGACAUCAUUGAUCUGUUAAUAGAACUGAUGUUUGGCGGGCAUCAUACAACAUCCAGUGCAUGCUGCUCAAUACUACUACAUCUGGGUCAAAAUGAGAAAAUACGAGAAAAGGCUAUCGAGAGUUUGAUAGAAAAUGACGUCAUGGAUACUUCUGCUGAUUUGACCUAUGACCAGAUCAACCAGAUGACGUAUAUUGACAACAUUAUAAAAGAAGUGUUAAGACACAAACCACCUGUUGGCGGAGGAUUCCGUAAAGCAUUGAAAACAUUUGAAGUAGGGAAAUACCAAGUGCCUAAAGAUUGGACAGUUAUUUACAGUGUCCGAGAAACACACAACACUUCGCCAUUGUUUGACCAUCCACAAGAAUUCCGGCCAGAACGAUGGAAUGACGACAGCCUGAAUGUUCCUGACCUACGCUUCAAUUAUUUACCAUUUGGUGUUGGUGCCAGAUCGUGUCCCGGUGAGAAAUUCGCGAAACUGACACUUAAGAUAUUUCUGAUUGAGCUGAUGAGGAGGUCUCGGUGGACUCUUCAUAACGAUUCACCAGAAAUAAUUUUAAUUCCUUCACCUCACCCAAAAGACAAUUUACCUGUCACAUUUGCUUCCCUUUAAUAUACUGAAGCAUUACAGAAUCAGCCCACCAUGUUGUAACCAAUCUGAUUAAAAUACAAGUCCUAUUACGUUUCGUUGUUUAUAGGCUACUUGGUUUCACUACACCGGGAUUUAGAAAAGCUGUUAAAUAACCCACGUUAUGGGUGAUGUGAGGAAUUGGCCAAUCAAAUGGUCUGUUAUAUUUGGCCAAGUGCUUAUCGCGUGGCACGAAAAUGCGAGUAAACAUUCGCCGCGAUUGAAAACAAAACAAAGCAUGGAACACUGACGCUGAUUGGUUGAUCGUAUGACCGACGUCAUAAGGCCAACAGUCGCACGCAUGACACCUAACAUGACAUCCCACUACAACCCGUCAGAUCUUAAUGUAGUGGAGGUCAUUGAAAGUAGCACAAAAAAAAAAAGAAAUAAAAAAAAAGAAAAAUCGAAACGAAAUAUAUAUCUAUAUUUUAAUCAGAUUGGAUUGCAACAGGUGUAUCAAACAUCAAACCCCCACCAUAAUACAGCCAAUACAGUGAAAAUACUAUUGUAAUAUCUUUCUUUGACAGUAGGCGAACAGUCCAAUCUUAUGGAGCCCAUUUUUGUAUAAUCCCAAACGUGAAUUCUAGUGUUAUAUACAAUAUUUGUUUUAUUUUAAAUAUGCGUUGUGUAAGAUUUAGAUAAAGAACUGACCGAACUUGCUAUCAUAAUUCAAGAGCAGAUAAUCAGAAAGGAAUAAUAGUCUCGGUUAACAAUUUUAUCGUGGCCUGAAGAGUUGAUUAUGAGCUUACCAUAUGAAUAACUAAAUAACAAUUUAUAUUACAAAAGAAAGCUCUUAACAUAAUGUAUUUUUAAGUAAAGAAAUUAGUAGAAUUAGAAUUAGAGCUUUCAACUUAAAGUGUUCCAUAGCAGGGGACUGUUUCACGAAAUUUAACUAAGAUAAAAUCCAAAUUUUAGUAAUUUGAUUGGAUAAUAUUAGACUGAUUUUAGUGCUUAGCCAGUCAAAAUUGAUGUAUCUACUAAAAUUUGGAUUUUAUCUUUAGUUAACAUUUCGAGAAACAGGCCACAGGGCCCUGAAUUACAAUUAAAGUUAUCCCUAGUUUAAUUGGAAUUUUGUAUAAUCUCAAACAUGGCUGUUAGUGUCCGUAGUCAUUUAUACGUGUUCUGUACUUUUAAUUAUUAGAAUUAUAGUUCCCUAUAAAUCCCUUAUAUAGCUAAAUUAGUAUUUUUAUAAUUACAAACUUGACUGUUAGUGCCAUAAACAUUAUACAUAUUAUUCUGUGAUUUUAACUGGUGAAAUUGGUGCACAAUAUUUAUAAUAUUUAUUAGAAUUUUUUUAUAAUC